AUGUCCGUCAGUAUCACUUCGUCUGCACAAUUUGAAAAAAUACUGAGCUCUUCUUCUAUAGUCAUUGUAGAUUUUUAUGCCGACUGGUGUUCACCAUGCAAGGCUAUUUAUCCUACCUACCAAUCUUUGGCCAUCAAGUAUACAAGGCCCAACAAGAUCACUUUUGUUAAAGUCAAUGUGGAAACUUCACCGGAAAUUUCGCAACGUUAUGGAGUCACAGCCAUGCCUACAUUCAUGUUGUUCAAGUCGGGCUCUGUCACCAAGACAAUCCGUGGAGCAGACCCUCGCCAAUUGACAAAUGCAGUUGAGGCCGCCGUCACGCAAGCUGGUCCUGCAGCUCCAAUGUACAGCUCAGUCGGACGAACAUUGGGAGACUCCAGUAGACCGAAGACAACACCCGCAUCAUCUUUUAUCACACUAGGUUGGAUGGAUACAAUAAUUCGAUUUUUCGCACUCUACUUCAUCACUUUAUUUGCGAUCGACUCAUACGGAGCAGGAGAGAGGAGCUCCUUCAAUGUUAACACAGCACUAAAGCGCUCAGUACACUCAAGUGGAAUUAAGCCAGCUCGGACAGCGACACUGGCUGGAAAGAAAUUGGGUACCAUCGCAGAUUUAGGAGGAAGUUAA